AUGUGUCAUGUACUUCACGAUGGCGUCAAACUGGAAGUUGUUGACAGUCUCAUAUGCAGGAAAAUUAUUCUUUUGGCUCUUCUGUUGAACACUGGCGUUUGUUUAGGUAUUUUACUGACUAUUUCUGGAUCUUCAUCUUAUGCAGUCUUGAACGAAUCGUUUACUCUGACCUGUACAGUUGAACAGGCUGAUGGUCUUAAUGAUUUUGUAGAUUUUUUUAGAAAAACAUAUUCUGCUACCCUUGCUUCAGUAGAGCAGACACCUACAGGUUGUGCUGUGUUCGGUAGUUCGAUAGGAUACACUGCAUCAUGUGGACCUGGGACAGGCACCAGCUCGUCGACCAGUAAGAUUUAUACAUGUGUUAUCAACAGUGUUGCAGACUAUGAUGCCACAGACUGGUGGUGUGAACUGGAAACGAGUAAACAGCGCAGCAACAAUAUUACUGUGAUGUUUAAAGUUCCAGAUCCGAAUCCAGAGAGUCCGGUUUCGGAAUCGACCAUUAUCAUAAUAGUAGUGGUUGCUGUUCUACUUCUCGUCGCUAUUGCAGUAUCUUGGUUCUAUUACAAGAGAAUGAAGCAGCAACCGAAAUCUAAGGAAGAGCAAACUGAAAACAAAACUCAAGAGGCUGAAGAUGAAAAGGGCCAACAUGACAAAUGACAAUCCUUCUUUCGGACCGAUAGAUUAAUCAGUUGUGAAGUUAUUUUAAUGGAGUCCAUCAACCAUUUGACCAAUUAAUUGAGUACACGUUUUAUGACCAAGUACAGUUUUCCGUCACUGGUGAUUUUUUAAUUUAUGGAUCCACCAACCAUUUGACAGAUAAAUGCUAGUAACCAUUGUUGUACUACCCAUGUAAUCCAUUUGUCUAAAUGAGGGAAUACAUUUUUCAAGAUCAAGUACAGCACAUAAUAUUUCAAGUUGUUUUACUUCAAGUUCUCUGGUGAUCAAUACAGUAACAAAUGUAUUCAGUGUUUGUUUAAAUUACUCUUUAUUCCAACAUUGAACUAAACAAUGUCUUUAAAACAUAGCAGGGGUUGAAAUACUAUUAUAGAGAAUCGCGUGCCAACUGGUGACCAUGAUGCAGUCCUCCAAGACCACCUAUAUUUCCUAUAUUUUUUAUAGCAUCCUAUAAAACUCCUAUAUUGAGAUUGACUUCCUAUAUUUCCUAUAUUUAACUCAAUUGCUUUUCCAAAAUGCCGAUGAAUAAAAUAUGUUACUGAGUUAUAUUCACAGUGAAAGGUAGCCACCCUGUCAGAAAUUCAGAAGAUACUUUGAAUGUGGGAGAUCUGUAUCAAGUGCCAAUCAAGAUACUGUUCACCUGAUGAGGUGAGGAGGAUGUAUUACUGAUACAAGAUGCACCAACUUUCAAAGUAUCCUGGAUAUGGGCAUGGACUGCUGGCAAGCCUUGGUAUAUAAUUGUUGAGGUGGUAGAUUGUAUCGUGUGUGCAUACGCAAGGUAAGAACAUACCAUUACUUUAGUAAUGUAAAUGUCUUUAGAAGUACGUGUAAAAUGCCUAUAAUCGUCACAAUCAGUCCAAAUUUUCCAAUAAAACUCCUAUAUUUGCCCUCAAAAUUCCUAUAAAACUCCUAUAUUUUGGUAUGCAAAUUCCUAUAUUUCCUUUAUUUUAAUAUGUACAAGUGGCUGGGAGGCCCGCAUGAUGAGUUAAGUUGAGCCCUAGUUAGGAACCACAGGUGAUUAACACUACUAUUUUAAGGGGUAUACUCAAAAACCUGUAUAUUAUUUCAACAACUGCACAGAUCACGCGUUCUGUGUAAUUAUUAUAUUAUUUAUAUGAACAAAUAAAUAGUGGCGCACGUGCGUGUGUGUGUGUGUGGGGGGGGGGGGAGAGAGAGAGAGAGAGAGAGAGUGCGUGUGUGUGUGUGUGUGUGUAAUCACAUUAGUGGAGCCCAACUUGAUUAAUUGUCAACUAUAAUAGAGCAGUAGCAGUAGCAGGGGCGGUAUGCUGAUCUUGUAAAUAGGACAUCACAAAAUUCUAAAAAGGGCAUGUUUGAGUUUCUUACAGGAAAAUAAGCCCAGCUCAAAAAGGGAGCGAAAGCUAUUCAGUGCUUCGCGUAUAUGCUAUCAGAGAUUUUAAAAAUAAAUAUGCUUUCAGGGCAAUUUAGUGUUGUAUUUUUUGCAUGAUGAAUGGGUUUUUUUUAAGUUAUUGAAAAGGGUAGUACAAAUAGGUGGGCGAUGUUGUUCAUGUGACUCCCAGUGGAUCCGCCAAUGACUGAAACAUCACUAACUAAUAAUGGUCCGUACAAUUAAUGAAUUAUCAUCUACUACUGACACAUUGGAGACUUAGCUAAUAGAGCUCUCUGGACUGAUAUGUCUCUUAGGAUGUUCUAAGGUGAUCCGUACAAAUGAAUGAAUUAUCAUCUACUAGUGACACAUCUGAGAAUUAACUAUGUAGACUGAUCGUCGUCUUGUUUUAUCUGGUCAUUAUAGUAGAAACAAAUUAUGGUCUUGUAGUAAUGUAUGUAAUCAUGUAUGUGGUGUGCUUUCAGGGUUCGUACGGUCAGGGAAAGUCGUGGAACUUGAUAACUAAUCUUCUCUGGCCUGGAAAGUCAUGGAAUUUAAAACAUUAUUAUUAUUAUUAUUAUUAUUAUUAUUAUUAUUAUUAUUAUUUCCUACGGUAACUAGAGCUUUGCUCAUCAUUUACAGAAAGGCCAACUGAUCCCAGCUAGCAAAUAAAAACUACAUUGCUUUCUCUUAAAACUAUUAAAAUAGUCCCAUCAAUGCAAGGUCUAUAUGCUGGCUUGGAACAUUAGCCGUCUUUAAUUUCUCUCUAAAACAGGUCAUGUUGUUCUGAAUUAGUAGCAUGGCUUGUUUUUUUUAAAUAUUUGCGGUCAAAGUCGAUGUCAUAAAAAUUGCCCUGGGUAUAUUAAAAAUACUUAGGGUACCAAGGCAAAGGAUUUGGCACAUGGCCAUUGAGGAUGGACCAAGGCAGAUGAAGAGGACGUAAAAAAACCCAUCCUAAAUAUACAGACAUUCUCUAUGCAAUCCAUGCUUUAAAAAAAAAAAAAUAAAUUAAUUA